UUCUCUCGACUUCUCUACCAUGAAAUUCUUCCGCUUAAUCUUGCUCUGCGCCCUUGUCCUGACCACCAUGGCUUUUUUGGCUCCAAGUACGGCAGCCAAGAGGCGUUGUGGCCGCCGCUUAAUUCCCUAUGUCUAUUCAAUAUGCGGCGGCCCGUGCGAGAAUGGAGAUAUUAUCAUCGAGCACUGCUUCUCCGGAACAACUCCCACCAUUGCCGAAGUCCAAAAGGCUUGCUGUCCUGAACUAUCUGAAGACCCAACUUUCUCAUCUUAAAUUCAUUUUCAACUGAUGAGAAUAAAACAAUUGUUAAGC